AUGAGCAACCAUCGACGGGGUUUCAUCAACGCCCGGCAAUGUAUCAAAUGGAUCAAGAAGCCAGGACGGCGGGAAAGCCAGAGGGCUGGGGGAUUGGAGUCUGUCAACGAAGAAGAUGCGGAUAAUGGAGAAGCAACCCCUGCUCCCAACAGAUACUCCGACGUGGCGCUUUCCGCCUGCGGUGAAAUCGACGCAGACAGUGCCAGCAAGUCGCUCCCGUCUGCGCACGUCACGCAUAACAUGAGAGCGAAUGGCUUUGCGCGCAUUGGCGUCUUUGAUUCUCUUGGAGCUCAGAUCAUCGUCAUGGUCGAUGAACGUGAACAUUGGGCGGUCAAUCGCAGCAGGAUUGAUGGGUUUCGAUGCUGGAUGAUUCGUAGUAAGUAA